UCAUUCCACACAGCUAUCACUCUUUGAGUAAAGAAAUACCCCCUCGUGUUUCCCUUAAACUUCUGCCCCCUAACUCUCAAAUCAUGUCCUCUAGUUUGAAUCUCCCCUACUCUCAAUGGAAACAGUCUGUUCACGUCAACUCUAUCUAUCCCUCUCAAAAUUUUAAAUACCUCGAUCAAAUCCCCCCUCAACCUUCUACGCUCCAAUGAAUAGAGACCUCCAAUGAAUGGGACUAGAAACAUAGAAACAUAGAAACCUAAAAAACAUACAGCACAAUACAGGCGCUUCAGCUCACAAAGCUGUGCUGAACAUGUCCCUACCUUAGAAAUACCUAGGUUUUACCCAUAGCCCCCUAUUCUUCUAAGCUCAAUGUAGCCAUCCAGGAGUCUCUUAAAAGUCCCUGUUAUUUCCGUCUCCACCACCACCGCCGGCAGCCAAUUCCAUGCACUUACCACCCUCUGAGUAAAAAAUUUACCCUUGACAUCUCCUUUGUACCUACUUCCAAGUAGCUUAAAACUAUGCCCCCUCAUGCUAACCAUUUCAGCCCUGAGGAAAUGCCUCUGACUAUCCACAUGAUCAAUACCUCUCAUAAUCCAGUACACCUCUAUCAAGUCACCCCACAUAUUCUCAUAAGGCAUGUUCUCCAAUCCAGGCAACAUCUUUGUAAAUCUCCUCUGCACCCUUUCUAUGGUUUCCACGUCCUUCCUAUAGAGAGGUGACCAGAACUGAACACAGUUCUCCAAGUGAGGUGUGACCAGGGUCCUAUAUAGCGGCAACAUUACCUCUCGGUUCUUAAACUCAAUCCCAUGAUUGAUGGAGGCCAAUGCACCAUAUGCCUUCUUAACGCAGCAUCAACCUGCUUUGAGCAUCCAUGGACUCGGACCCCAAGAUCCCUCUGAUCCUCCACACUGCCAAGAGUCUUACCAUUAAUACUAUAUCCAGCCAUCGUAUUUGACCUACCAAAAUGAACCAUCUCACACUUAUCUGGGUUGAACUCCAUCUGCCAUUUCUCAGCCCAAUGGGAAGGAUGAACAGAACAAUUAAGAAUAAACUUAGCAAAUGUGUGAAGAAACAGGAUUAAAAUGGAAACAGGAGCUGCCUUUGAUUCUGAUGAAUAUUCAAGUCACUGCUAAUAGAACCAUUGGCCUGUCCCCACAUGAAAUGAUAACAAAACUGCCCCUGUGUCUGUCAUCUGAUGCACCUCUCCAUUAAACAAAUGGAGUACUUAAGCUGGAUGAGAACAUGUUGAAUUAUUGUGUAGACUUGACAGAAAAUCUCACUAAAUAUCAUCAACAGGGAAAAGAAGCCCAACUACCAGUAGUAGAGCUGAAAUGCUACAACAUUGAAUCCAGAGACUACGUGGUGGUGUGGACAUUUAAAAGAAAGAACUCUUUGAAACUUCAAUUUGAAGUAACGUUUCAGUAUGCAGGUCACCAAUGCAGCCAUCAUGGUAAGAGAAAAGCCAUCGUGGAUUGACAACUCUCACUGUAAAAAGCUGCUUAACAAUGUAGAAAAAAAUGAAACUACUGAGAGUCCUAAUGACAGCAGUGGGAUUAACGUUUGUACUUUCCCUGAUGGACGUGAUUGCCAGGAACACUGAAGCUGCUGAUUUUGCUUGGCUCUCAAAGCACACAUAAAAAUGGAUGUUUCUCCUUUACCCAUACCCAUUCAAUGAAACAGAGAUGGACCGUUACUUUAAUGGGUCCAACAUUAGAUAUGUUUAGUUUCUGGUAUAAUGAUGAUUGAACUCAGAAACAUAAACUCCUUCCUUCCCUUAUCAGUUCAGCCAGAAUGACACAGGGGGAAGAUGGGGAUAUAAGUUUGGAAACAAUGAGUAUUUCAGAGGAUGGUAAAAAACCCAGGGGGAAAGGACUUGGUCCUACUUUAUGGAAGUUAACACUUGCCCAGCGAACUGGAAAGCAGCAUGGAAACUGAUUAACAUGGCAUCAGCAUUGGAAAAGUUAGCAAACAAAACUGCAUAUACUCUUGAUCAAUCCCAAUAAGCAAAAUCUAAAUUGUCAGCAGAAUUGGUGGGUCCAUACAGUGGCUUUGAAAAUCUCAAUGGCUUUGGACUUUGUUUUAUCUGAGAAAGGAGGCACGUGUGCCCUGAUUGGACACAAAUGUUGUACUUACACACAAGAUGAAUCAGAACAAUAUUACUCACUUGACAGAUCACAUCUGAGAGGUCACCAGGAAGAUUAAGGAAGUAGGAGACCAGUUCCACAAUUAUAAUCCCACAGGAAGCUUGUGUCCAUUGGGGAUGAUGAUGGGCUGCUGUCCUGCAUUGUGGAGCAUGAGAAAUCACAGUGAGAGCAACGCUUUUUCACCAUAUGUUAUUGUGAAGAGUGAACAGUAAAUGGUUAAUCUUACUGCGAUCUGGUUUCAUUGACUGUGGUUUAUCUCGACGUUAAAUUCGGCAUUCGUUACACGCGAAGGAGAACGUUACAGUGAAAAAGCGGCAUUAUCAGGUGUUUCAAGUGCUGCAAUGUCAGCUCGACCCAGCAUCAAGUCGACGCCGCCCAGCGACAAGGGCGGUAAACCGACAUCAAGUAAGUCCACCCAGGCAAGAGCCAAGGCAGAAGCCGCCAAGGUGCGACUGCGUUACGCCAGACAAGAAGCAGUUUUGAAAAUGAAACAGGCCACCAGAGAAGCCGAAAUCCAGAAAGAAAGGGCUGCCAGAGAAGCAGAAAAGGCUGCCAGAGAAGCCGAAAGGGCCGCCAGAGAAGCCGAAAUCCAGAAAGAAAGGGCCGCCAGAGAAGCCGAAACCCAGUUGGAAAUGGCAAAAAUAUCGACAGAAUUGCAAGUGCUGCAGCUAGAAAGAGAAGAAAAAGCUGCCAUGGCGGAAGCAGGGUACAUAGAAGAACCUGAAGGGUCGCGUGAUCUGACCGAAGUAAGAUCUACUUUAGAAAGGACCAGACUGGAACGCACAAGCGACUAUGUACAAUAUCAAAUAGACAGGCAGGCUCGUCUCCCCUCUCCAUACGUAUUCGAUAACUUCCCCAGCUACGAGGAACCUCAGAGAGUCACGAUUGCAUCACAUCCAUACAAGGAAGGAAAUUUACCCUCACGGCUCCAUGAUGAAGUCAAGAAUGAAAGAACCGACAACGCUCCUUCACCCCCACCACAGGACGGCGGGGAGGGAGAGGCUCACUCCAGGACAACAAUUGUCAGCUCGAACUGUACAGAAGUUUGCGGUCAAACUCAGUCAAGCCGUUCUUGUUCCAAGAUCUGCCUCACUGAGGUGUACCCUAAAGAAGCACAAGACAUUACCAAGCGUAAAGCAACCGACGAGACGCCAGGUCAGUCAGUUUUCGUUCAAACCGAGCACGGAAACAAACUUGCACAAUCAGCUCAAGAUACCAUUUCUUUAAAACCCAAAGACACCAAGGUCUUCAGAGAUGAAGCAAAUAAUGGGGUUGCCCCAUUGCCUUUCAGAGAACCACGCCAGCGCUCACCAGAUAACAAAGAGCAGGCAGUCAAACGGUUCACGUCCUUACGGAAAACCCGGAAAAGGAAACCUGAGAUGCAGCAACACACCCGAUUGGCCCACGAGGUACUGUGCACCCUAAUGGCAGAGGUCACAGCCAUUAUAAACGCACAAUCACUCCUACCUGUGUCUUCUGACCCAGAAAACCCCUUCAUACCUUCGCCAUCAAUGCUCCUUACGCAGAAGGCAGGAGCACCUCCUCCACCAGGAGACUUCUCAGACAAGGAUUUGUACACAAAGCAAUGGAGACAAGUCCAGGCUCUGGCAAAUCAGUUCUGGCCUCGCUGGAGACAAAAAUAUCUACCUUUGUUGCAACAGAGACAAAAGUGGACAGAACCCCGAAGGAAUCUUCAAGUUGGAGACUUAGUCCUGCUCAGGGACAAGCAAGCCACCCGCAACAGCUGGCUAACGGCCAGAAUCACUGCUACAUUCCCUAGCGAGGAUGAACAUGUCAGGAAGAUCGAAUUGAAGACCACCGACCAAGGCGACGUGAAAAUUUACCAAAGGCCAGUUACAGAAGUUAUUCUACUUCUACCCAAUGACUGAUUAAGAGACUAAGUUUUGUACUCUGCUCAUUGUGACCUUACGAAGGUCAAGCGGGGAGUGUGCUGUCUUUACGACAGUUAUUUACUUUAUAAUAUUUUCUGCUUAGUAAUUCAUUCGAUAGUAUUUUCUAGUUAAAAUUAGAAGUGUUUAAAGUAUAUUCAUUGCAUGUAAAAUAUAUCGGCAUGCGAUGACGUCACAUCCGGUUUCGCCGCGUCUUGUGGGAAAGUACCGGCUUGAAAUUAGCGCGAGGGUGGGGGCUUUCCACGAGGCACAUCUGAGCAGAAGUUGUUUUGCAGGCAUGAGAAAUCACAGUGAGAGCAACGCUUUUUCACCAUAUGUUAAUGUGAAGAGUGAACAGUAAAUGGUUAAUCUUACUGCGAUCUGGUUCUUAUUAACUGUGGUUUAUCUCGACGUUAAAUUCGGCGUUCGUUACACGCGAAGGAGAAUGUUACACUUACUGUUUUUUUAUGUGUUUAGUCUUGCAAAAUGGAACCUGUCUAAUCCCAGAGAGCUUUACUACAAGCUAAGUGUAUAUGUGACUGGAGGCAUGUAAUGUCUUAAUCAUUGUUCAUGUGUAAGUAAGGGGAGAUUGUGGCCUUGAGUACUGCAGCUGGUAAGUGGGGGCGCUGACUCCCAGAACACAUAACAGACACAGAAUAGCCUGAAAACUUGUAUAAAAAGUUAUACGUUAUAAAGUGUAAAUCAGAAGCAGCCUGCCGUCCCUUGAGGAUAUUACUCCUUGCAAGUAAAAAACAUGCCUUUG